AUGGGUAAUUUUUGUAAAUACAACUAUAUGGAAACUAAUAGGUUAUUAUAUAUGAAAUGUUUAAAAUGUAAUAAUUCCCCUAUGUAUACCAUUAGUAAAAAAGAUGAAUAUAAAAAAAAGGAAAGUUGGAAUUUUGUAAAUUCAUUACUUUCUCGAAGUAUAAUAUUAUUCACCUUAACAUUCUUAUUUUUAAAUAUAUUGAAUUGUGUAAACUAUAAUCAGUAUGAUUAUCCAAGUCAACAUAUUAUAAAUAAUUCUAUAAGAAGUUUAUCUGAUUAUUCCUCAAGUGAUGAUAAUUUGAGUGAUGAACAAAAAUAUAGUACAACGUCAGAUGAUUCUGAAGAAGAGAAAAAGUAUAAUGAGAAGAUAAAUAAAAAGAGGAAAAAAUGUAAGAAAAAAAAGAAAAAAAGAGGAAAUUUAAGGGAAAAAGAAGAAGAAAAAAGUAAUAUAUAUUAUAAUGGAAAAAACAAAAAAAAUCAAUCAAACUGUAAGAAACAUAAUAUAAACCUAAAGAAUAAUUUAAAUAAUAACAAUGAUUUAUUAAAUAAUAAUUAUAAUAUAUGUAACAAUUGCUAUAAUUGUGAACAAAUGAUUUCACAAAAUGAGACAUAUGUACCUUAUGGAUAUUAUGAAGAAAUAGAUUAUAUAGAAGAUGAUGAUUCAUUUUGUAAUAAAAUUUCUAAAGAAAAGAUUGAAUUAGUAAAUGGAAAUUCAAAAGAUAAAGGAAUAUAUUAUAAAAAUUAUUUAGGAAAUAAGGAAGAAAAUGAUUAUAGAACUAAAGACCAAACUCAUUUGGGUAUAGAACUAAUUGAAGAAGAAUUUAAUGGUAGAAAUGGUGACCUAGAUGAAGAAAAUAUUGAUUACAAUAAAGAAAGAAUUAGAGAAAAUAUUUAUCAUGGUCUUGAAGAAAUUGAAGAAGAAAUUAAAGAAAGAAUGGAAGAAAUAAUUGAUGAUGGAAGAGAAAUAGAAAAUGAAGAAAAUAUUGAUUAUGAUAAUAAUGAUAUAAAGAAAAGAAGGUUUCAUGGAGAUCAGGAAAAUAUUACAAGUUUAUUUGAAAGAACACAAAAAUCUGUAAAAUAUAACAGUGAUGAAAGUGAAGAAUUAAGUGAGGCAGAAAGCAAUGGAGGAAUUCCAGAACAAAUUGCAUACGGUAAUGAAGAUGUUGUAUCUGGAAGCGAUGAAAAUUGUGAUGUAGAAAAAAAUACAGAAAUGGAAGAGGCGAAUGAGUAUGGUAGCGAAGAUAAUUCUUGUGCAACUGAAGAAGGUAGUGAUACCGAUUUAGAAGAAAAUAGGGAAGAAGGAAUAGAAGAUGGAAUUAUAGGAUUAAUUCAAAAUAUAUUUCAAGGAAGUGAUAAGGAAGAUGAAGAAGAAAAAGAAAAAAAUAAUAAAAAAAAAAAUGUAUAUAACUGGAAAUCAGGAAAAAAAGCAUUAGGAAAAUUAUUAAGUAAUUCUGAUAAUUUGAGUGUAAAUA